AUGAGCAAACAUCCCAACACAGCUCGCGCCCCUCAACGAUCCCGAUCGCGCAGACGUGGGGACCGGGGAGAUGCUAACAACAUUCGUAUAUCUACAAACAAGUAUACUCGGUACGGUAGCGCUUCAAUCUCUACAUCCAUUUAUAACCUUACGUCGAUAUUACACAAGCCAGAUUCGCACAAAUUAGAACAAGCCAUGAACAAGGUUCUUAUCACGGAAAACUACGUUCUCAUAAACACAAGGAAACAAUGUACCGGGCAUUUCCGGUCAUUGAACUCUGAAUCUUUAAUCUUUAAUUGUCUUACAAAGAUUCGCAUAACAACAAAGUUUAGUGGCCACCGCGCCGCCUCUACUCUGACAUUACGUGACUUAUACAAGUAUCACUCUGUACUUGGCCAGUAG